AUGUCCGACACCUUUGUUGGCAUCGUCACCGCGAUGCUUGAGGACCCCCCCGACCCAAACGAACCGAUACCUUUCUCGAACAAAAGAAGCACAAUUUAUGGAGUCACCAUACCUUUUCACUGGUACCAGUCACUAACAGCAUGCCAAGGUACUGAGUAUGGCCUGGGUCGCCAUCUCAUCUACAGCUUCAAGGUACUAAAGCCCACUAUGAUCUUGCUUUGGCUCACCAAUGCCGCCUUCCACACCACGACGGCAUGCAUCAAAAUUUCGCUCAUCCUGCAAUACCUCCGAAUGUUCAAGGACGGCGUCCGUCGCAAGAUUUGUGUAGUUCUUCUAACAAUGGUUGUGAUAUGGGGACUCGCCUUCUCCUUCAUGGCGUGGUUCCCCUGCUUCCCCGUUUCCACUUUCUGGGACAGGUUGAACGGAGGUAGAUGCUACGGCUUUGGCUUUCGCACCGCCGUUGAAGCAAAGAAUUUUAUCCUCGCGUUUGCUGCAACAAACAUGAUCUUGGACACGGUCAUCUAUUGCAUCCCCCUUACUGAGUUUUUCCGUCAAGACCUCAAGCGCAGGCAGUUACUCGCCAUGACGGGUCUGUUCUCUCUCGGAUCAGUCGUCGUCCUCAUGGCCGUCCUCCGCCUCUGGAGCACCUUCAAACACAACGAAUCAAGAACAGACAGCUUCGACUUCACCUUCUGGUACCCACAACCCCUCAUCUUCUCCUGUCUCGAAAUCGACUUUGCCAUCAUGUGCGCCUCGAUGCCCAUCUUCUGGCCUACCGUCGUCGCAUCGUGGUCCCACAUCUUCGUCACAAACGAGGUCCGUGUCACGUCGCAUGAGCGCCUACCGGACGAAAGCCAAGACAACUUUGAACUGCAACGCACGAAUUCGACAAAGAGUCAGGGUAGUACGAAGGCGCUGGCUAGGUCCAGGUCUGCGGGUGAUGCUUAUUAUAAUGGGUAUGAUGCUGAGACGGGGAAAGAUGGCCGGUUCGCAGUUAUGCAGGUUGAGGUGCAGCCGCAGCAACAGGUUUCUAGACGGUUGUGA